GCUAUCAAGUUUCAGCGAAUGAGAAUCUGUUUGUGUGACUAUAUAUAUUCUGCAUGUCCUUGACGCCGCAUCAUUCUCUGAUUAUCGAGUAAUAAACCUGUUACAACAAUGAGCGGACGUGGAAAGACCGGAGGCAAGGCUAGGGCGAAGGCAAAGACUCGUUCAUCGAGGGCUGGACUUCAGUUCCCCGUUGGCCGUGUCCAUAGGCUGUUGCGUAAAGGCAACUAUGCUCAGCGUGUCGGCGCUGGUGCACCGGUCUACUUGGCCGCUGUGCUCGAGUAUCUGACGGCUGAGAUUCUGGAGUUGGCCGGCAACGCUGCCCGUGACAACAAGAAGACCCGGAUCAUUCCCCGCCAUUUGCAGUUGGCUGUCCGCAACGACGAGGAGUUGAACAAGCUGCUCGGUGGCGUGACCAUUGCUCAGGGUGGUGUGUUGCCUAACAUCCAGGCUGUGCUGCUGCCUAAGAAGACCGAGAAGUCCAACCCUGUAGGACAAGCUGGCGGACCCCUCCCACCCUCUCAAGCAAGCAGUGAAAGCCCUGCAGGACAAGCUGGCGUACCCCUCCCAUCGUCUCCAUCGGCCCAGUUCAGCACCACCUUCCAGACAGCAAGCAGUGAAAGUCUUACAGGACAAGCUGUCGGACCAUUCUCACACUCUCCAUCAAGCACAUCAAGUGACAGGCCAAUCUUCCCCCCAGAAGUGUUACAACAAAUUAUUGGAGAAACACUGUGUCUUGAUAUGUCUAUGCUAGGUGUUUUUAACAGAGUAUCAAAAUCUUGCUGUACUGUCUGUCCACUAGCCACUUUUUACCACUGUCUUACUGCUUCACUGUUUGCAUGCUAUAUUAGCACAUAUGCAUAACCCCUCCCUCCAUCCCACAGCCGGAUUGUGGCCACACUUACCUAUACCUAUACUUAAUGCUUUAUAAUCAAUACUCGUAUAAAGGCUGUAACCCUAUUACGUCAACCCAUUCUUGCACUGAUAUAGUUUUUCUAUAGUCUUUUUUAUAUUACCUUGUCUA